CGACAGCCGUCGCCAUUGACAGUGCGUUCUCGCCCUCGCAUGUGUGCGCUCCGACUCGUGUGCGACGGUCAACUGAGGACGACUGUUAUAUUUUAUACACAUACACAUACAAAUAAAUAUAUAUAUAUAUAUACAAUAUACAAUACAUACAUAAUAUACACAUUUUUAUCAUUACGAAAUAAAUAAAUAAUUAAUAUCAUUGCUACUACUGCUGCUGUUGCUGCUGCUACUUUUUUUUUUUUUUUUUUUUUUUAAUUAUUAUUGUCGUUGUUAUUAUUAAUUAAUUAAUUGAUAUUAUUAUUAUAUCCACAUAUAGCAAAAAAUAAUACCAAUAAUUAUAAAAAAAAAAAAAAAAAAAAUAUAUAGGUAUAUAUAUGCUAUAUAUUUUACAAGAAAAAAUCCCAAUAUUUUCUUUCUAGAGAAUUGAAAAAAAAAAAGAUAAGAAAACGUCAGAAAAAUAAGAGCAUUGUGGGCCCAAUUACAUUAAUCGUGAGCUCCCGAUGCAGAAGCUCAAUUGCACUGAGCUCGGCGAAAAAUUGUCAAAUUCCCUUGACGAUGAAAACAGAAUCAAAGAUUUGGGAGUCGUUCAAGAUAUUUUUACAACUCUUGAAAGAGCAAAUAUCACCAAAGAAGUUCUUGAGAAAUCUCGAUUGGGCAGACAUGUCAAUGAAUUCAGACGUAAAACUAAAGAGGAGGCAUUGGCAAAACGAGCAAAAGACUUGGUUCGACGAUGGCGAGAUUUGUUAUUGCCUCAAUCAACUUCACAAAAUUCAAAUAUCAGAACAUCACAAACACAAGUACCACCACCAUCACCAUCAACAGCAACUGGAGCAACAACAAUACCGAUGGCAAUUUCGACAACGGCUCAAACAUUAUCAUCAUCAAUUAGUAAAUCGAGUAGCUUUAAACCACAUAGUCCAGCAGCCGGAAUUAUCACAAAGCCACCACAAAGUCCAGCUAAUUUUGCUAUGACAAAAAAUCAUAUGCCACAUAGUCCACUAUUACGUGAUGCAACAUCACUACCUUACAAGGCUCUUAGUCCAGCAUUGUCGACAUUACACAGCAAUAGAUCUCGUUCACCAAAUUUAUCAUCAAUAACUAAACCACUAUUACCACCACCAUCACCAUCACCAUCACUACAAUCAACAAAUUAUCCAGUUAAUCAUCAAUUAAAUUCAUCAACUUCACCAAUUUUAUUAUCUACUGGUACAAAUCAGCAUCACAACUUGGAAGCUGUACCACGUACUCACAGUUCAAACAAACGUUUACGAAAAGAAGAUACAACAACAACAUUAAAUCAACAACAAGCUCAAAAUUCAAAAGAAUCACUUGGUACACCAUUGAGAGAUGAUCAACCAUUAUUUAAAAAACAACGUAUUAAUGGUGAAAAUAUAAAUUCAAAUAUUAAUCCAAAUACAAAUAUAACAAAUAUUAAUAAAAUAAAUUCGCAAGUGCCUAGUCCAUUAUCAACACCAAAAUUUAUACAUAAUAAUGAUGGUGGUGGUGGUAAUAAUAAUACUAAUAAUACUAAUAAUAAUAAUAAUAAUAUUGUAACAGCAACAUCAAUAGUAAUACCACCACCACCAACAGCAACUGUUGAUGUUGGUCCAAAAAAACGUGGACGUAAAAAAGGUAGUAAAGUUAUUAAAAAUCAAUUACAACCAGAUGUUGGUGUUGGUGUUAAAGAAAAACUUCAAAGUAUGUCACGUGAUUCAAAAUGUAAAACAACACAAGAAUUAAUGGAAGAUUUAAAAGCAGCACGUGGAUCAUCAACUAAAUUAUCUCUUGAUUAUACAUUAUCAAAUGUUAAAAUUAAAAAUGAACCACCAACAACUAAAGAAAUUUUACGUAAUUCAUCAUCAAAUGAUGUUAAAUAUAAUUCAUCUGGUCGAACAACUAAAACAACACAUCGUUUAUCAUCAAAAUUAACAAAAUCAAGUGGUGAUGAUGAUGAUGACGAAGAUGAUGACGAUGAUGAAGAUGAAGAUGAUGACAAUAAUAAUAAUAAUAAUAAUAAUAAAAUUAAUAAUGAUGGUGGCAAAAAAAAUAAUUCAUCAUCAAAAAAUACAACACAAUUUAGGCAUGAUCCAACAGUCGAAGAAAUAUUAGCAAAAUUACCACCAUUAGAUUUAAAUUCAAUAAUUUGGAGUGACAAUGAACUAGAUAAUGAUCAUGUCAAUGAUGACGAUGAUGAUGAUGAUGAUGAUGAUCCACCACCACCAUCAAAACCACCACCAACUGACGAGGAGAUUGAACGACUUCAUGAAUAUUCAAUCGAAUGUCUUAAUGGUAAUUUUCAGACAAGACUUGAUAAUUUAUCAAAUAAUGUGGAUGAAAAAAUGGAUAAAAAUGGUGAUGGUUUGACAAGUUGUCAUCAGAUAAUGAAAUAUCCACUUUUUCGUAAGCGUAAUAAUAAAAAUAGUAAUAGCAAUGAUGUUGGUGAUGGUGAUGGUGAUGUUGAUAAAUUUGAUAAAAAUAAUCAUUAUGAAUUUCGUGAAUGGCACGAGAUGCUUGCGAGGCCAACAAUUGAUGGCCAAAUUCUCCACAUAUUGCCUUACGUUAUUAUUGAUUAAUUCAUGAUUUUUUUUUUCUCUUUAUUUUAUUAUUUUUUUUCUUUUCAUCAUCAAUUGUCUUACAUUUAUUAGUUGAAGAAAAACUGUUUUUUUUUUCGAUAUUAAUAAUAAUAUUAUUAUUAUUAUUAUUAUUAUUUUGUUUUUAAUUAUAAAUUAAAAAAAAAAUUGGAAAAUUUGUCAUUUAAUUUUCUUGUAAUCAACUUUUGUAAAUAGUAAAAAUAUUUUUUUGUUACUAAUCAAACAAGAAAAAAAAAAAUUGACAAAAUAAUAAUAAAAAUAAUAAUAAUAAAUGAAAUAUUAAUAAUUAAAUUGUGCAAAAAAAUAUUUUUUUUUUUUUAAAUAUAAUUGUAAUUAAUUAAUUAUUAUUAAUCAAUUUAUUUGCAUGUCCAUCAGAUUAUUUGACUGAGACUGAGAGAUGUAAUAUACAAAGUGUCUUGUUUAAAUUGUUGUUGUUUUUUUUCGUUUCUCCUUCAAUUAAACAAAUUAUUUUGUUUUUAUUUGUUUUUUAAUAAUGAUAAUAUUAAUGAAAUACGUAAGCAGAGAAAUGAUUAUAUAAUGCCGAAAUAAAAUUUGUAUUAUAUGUUGUUGAUGAUAAAAUUUUGAAAAAAAGAAAAAAAAAAAAAAAAACUAGUAUUUG